CCUUGGCGAUGUGUGGGGAGCUGGAGACCGCCUGGCCGGGGUGGCUCCCGUAACCUGCCCUGGUCCCGGGUCCUCCUGGGGGAAAACCGGGGCUCCCUCACGAAAACGGCCCCCAAGUUCCCGCUGACAUGCGUGUAAACCACCAAGGAAAACACUGUCGGGAGGUAGAACGAUAGCGGCCGUUGAUGCCUAUAAUCAUCUGUCAGAAGUUAUAGUUCGAAGACAUAAAGUCGUGUUCUCAAAGGGGAAUCAGCAGCCGGAACAAAUAUGAAGGAAUGCGAGGAAAAUUUCUCUUUCUACAGCGCCAGGUAUAAGAAAGAAUAGUUAGUUCCCAGUCUGUAUGGCGGUGUGCCAUUCAAAGGGGAGGGCAUUCAACGAUGAGGGCAUCAUUCCCGACAGAAAAGGAGAUCCUUGUGAGUGGGCAAAAAUGCAACAGACAAUGAGCCGAAGACCAAAUUUCAUUUAGCUUAAUUAAUUUGUGAGUUGCAUAAACCAUACAGAAUCUGCACCCUGUAAGAGAAAGGAAGAGAGCCCCACCAGCCGUGCGGCCAGAAGCCGAGCGCUGUGGUGGCCCCGUGUCACCAGGGUUUGGUGGCCGCUGUCCAGCUGUGAUCCAGCAGGGAGGAGCGGCCAGCCCAGCGCGACCUCCUCUGCCCCGGGGAGUGCGCCUGCAGUGACAGCACCGCUGGGGAACUGGGCAUCGACCUCAGCUCGCCCCCGUGCGAAGCUGGAACGAAGUUCUGACAAGAUGUGCAGUGCAAAAAGUAAAUCGUUAGCGUUUACUGGAGUGCUUCUCAGCUGCCUAGAAAUGAUAUUUUCAGCAAACACAGCUCCAGAUACACCUGUUAUUGACCAAGCUUAUUCAAAACUUAGCAACAGUAUCACAGUGGAAUGGAGAGCAGUACCUGGGGCUACUAAUUACAUGCUGACUGCACAAGAUGGAGAUUCCUUUGUUGAAACUAUAGUGAAAAAUUCUCCAGGCACAGUGACAGGACUGAAGCCUGCCACCUUGUACCGAAUCACUGUCAGAUCUAUAAAUUCAGGAGGAAAAAGCCAGCCUUCACCUUUCAGAAAAGUAAAAACAGUCCUGGCUGCUCCAAUUCUGUCUGUUCAUUCUCCGAGUUGUGACUCCAUUGCAGUGAGCUGGAAAGCUGUGCAUAUGGCAGCUGGAUUCUCUGUGUCACUCGUGAGAUCAGACGGUUUGGGCAGAAUGCUGAAGCAGAACACCACCAAUACCUCCUUGAUAUUUACAAAUCUAGAUCCAGGAACUCUCUAUACUAUCAAGGCUUAUGCCUGGAAUGCCAAUGGAAUGCCUGGAGAUGAUUUCACAUAUAACCAAAGAACAAGUCCUAAUGCACCAGUGGAUGUUAAAGUAGCUUUCAAUAGUGGUGCCUUAAGAGCUGUUGUCUCUUGGAUGCCAACAGAAGGAGCUCUAACUUACAGUGUCACAGUCUCCAGUGGACUCCUGAAACUGAGGUGUAACACAUCGUCUGCCUCCUGCAUGGUGCCAUCCCUCCAGUGCAGCUCUGAGUAUUAUGUGUCUGUCACAGCAUACAAUGAUGCUGGAUCCAGUGAACCUACUGAGGCCGUAAGCUUAAAAACUAUUCCUUGUGCACCAGUAAACAUAUCAAUUGAGGAGGAUGAGCCAGGUCACUUGCUGGUAUCAUGGUCUAGCGUCAGUUUGGGUCAUUAUUACGUGGUUUUUGUCAAGAGUGAUGAUGGCUUGGAAGUGCACUGCAACACAUCACAUACUCAAUGCCAUUUCCAGUCGGACUGUGGUUUCACUUAUUUCAUUAGUGUCUUUGCAUAUAACAAGGCAGGACAGAGUCCUUCAGGUGAUGUACUCAAUUACACUACUGCUCCUUGUUGCCCAAGUGACUUCAGAGCCGUGUUCAUAUCAAGCGACACGGUGCGGGUCACCUGGGCUCCUGUGCGAGGCGCUGAUCUGUACGAGACUCGAGCAGCUGGCGGCAGCCGUGUGGUGUUCUGCAGGGACACGGCCACGGCCUGCACCCUGUCGGCUCUGCAGUGCAGCACCCCCUACAACAUCACCGUGUACUCCUUCAGCGAGGCCCGGGGCUGCAGCUCCUCGUGUGCGCCUCAGUACGUGGCAACAGCUCCCUGCAGUCCUGAAAUAAAAAAUAUCUCAAAGGAGGGUCUAUCUGUAAUCAGUGUGCAGUGGCAACCUAACAAUGAAGAAGCUAUGUAUGUUGUCACUGCCAGAGGAGAGGCUGGACUUUGGCACUGCACAAGCACCAGGAAUUCCUGUACCCUAAUGGAUCUUCCCUGUGGAUCUGCUUUUUCUGUAAGUGCUAUAGCAAGAUCACCAGCAGGACAGAGCUUACCAAGCUACAGUAUCCCUUUAGAGACAGCUCCUUGUUGCCCUAAUGACCUGAUACUAACUCAAGUGACACAGUCGGUAACCAAUAUCAGCUGGUCUGUUGGGAGGGGCGCACAAACAUAUGUAACAACCCUGGAGUCUCCAAAAGGACAGGCAAAGUGUCACACACUUCAGACCUACUGUCUCCUGGGAUGUAUCACAUGUGGCACCAACUAUACAGUGUCUCUGAGAGCCAUUAGUGAGACGGGUUUGACAUCCAGCUGCACCUAUCAGGGAUAUUCUUCAAGUGCUUGCUGCCCUUCUGGGGUGAAGCUCUAUAGACUCAGCAACAAUGGCAUCAGGGUGUUCUGGCGAGUUUCUGAUGAAACAAUAAAGUACAACGCUGAUUUACAUGGCUCAAAGGGCAAUUUCAGCUGUACCCCCAGUUUGGGUCUGAGCCACUGUGAUAUCACCAAGAUACCUUGUGGGGAUGUCUACACUGUGGUGGUAGCUCCAGUGACAGACAAGGGGCCAAAGCUCACAUUUUGUCCUAAGAAAAUAUAUUCAGUCACCUGUUCUGGAAGCUCUGUUGGAAUGGUCUUUUUCCCCCCUGAAGCUGGAAAGACACAUCUGUGUUUAAGUGCAACAUUCACAGCUGCUUGAGGACCGGGAGCAGGAAAGCUGAACACUUAGUCAUAUCUGAGACCUAAUCCAGGCAGGACCUUCUCUCAUACUCCACAGUGGUUACUUUUUCAGCUGACUUUGAAACCAAAGUUGAAGGUCAAUGGUUCUACAAACACGUGUGUCAUCUAACAGAGUCUUUGGAAGCUCAUGUGUACAAAGGUAUCCAAAGACAACAGGGUAUUCAGCACUAUUUUCAGCUUAUAAAAACAGACACUAUCAGUGUCCCUGAUUCUUCAGGGAACACAUUGGGUGUUAAGCAUCUCAGCCAAUGCUUCUGAUCACUUGCACAAAAUCUCAAGGGAAUCUCACGCUUCAGUAAGUUGCUUGUAGAUGGCCCAAGAAUUGUAUGCUGCUUCUUAAAACAUGAUCUGUAUUUAGUCACGAUCAAGCAAGUCUUUCUUUAGGAAGCACUAUUUAAAACUGCUCUGCAUUAGUUAAUAGAAAGUUGGCUUUAUUUCUCAUUUAAUAAAA